CUGUACGUUUAAUUUCCCCUUCGUUUAUUUUCAGAAUGUAACCGCUUCCUAGACAGUGAACCAAGGAAGAGUUCGUCCGAUGUUAUGUUUUUAGAUCAACCAAUCUCCUCGCCAUCAUUGCCCUUAGCAUCCACGUCAUCACUACCAUCAACGAUAUCCCCAACUUUACAUUCAAAUAGCCCGUCGUCAUCAUCUCCAUCAGCGAGGACAACGACCGAAUCGCCAAUUAAAAGUGUGGAAAGAGACUCUUUACCAAUCGAUGGAAUCGGAGUUGAUCGCGAAAGAGCAGAGAGCCAUUUGUGCAAUAUUACGCAUGCGUAUCAUCCCUCAGGAAGAACGAAUCAGAAAGAUGUUAUCGAAAUGAACAUCACUGUAUUGCCAUGGCAACUCAGCAUCACAAAGGCCAACCAAUCAUUGAGUAUUAAGUGGACCGAUACAACUGGAGCCGGGAGGUUAAAAGGAUCGAUCGUCCAGAUAAAUUACAGUUGUUGCUACCAUGGUGUUCUACUGCCGCCGUGUCUUGUUUUCAAGAUCGCUGGAUCAAGAUAUUAUUCUGUAGCAACCGAUGUUCUCAGGCAAUCAAAAUCAACGCCAUCUACGGCAGGGAAUAGGUUAGGAGCGAUCAGUAGUUCUGGCGAUAGUAUGACGUCAAUUUUUAAUACCUCGGUGACGCCCGGAGGACCAGUCGAAUUUGUGACGAGUAAUAUCACCAAUUCGUCGACGACGGAUGCAAUGUCGGCAUAUGAAGAGCGUCUAGAAGUGAUCGUGACAGGGCUUUGUGUUGGUGUUGCUAUCCUACUCGCAUUCUGGUUAGCCUGCUUUCUGGUAGAGAAACGAUCUCAGUCAAAGUAUAUGAAACGAGGAUCCGAUAAACAGAAUGUAUCACAGACCAGACAGUAUCCACAUGAAGUAGCUACAGUCAGAAAAACACUCAUGGAGAUUUACGACAUGCCAAUGAUACGGGUAGCUCAGUCAGAUGAAGACGUAUCAGAAAGCGGGUCGGGACAGUCAACAGGCUCACGAGGUCGAAAUCGACUAGAAAGCGAAGGUGACGAACAGAACAGCUCCACGAAUAUAUCGUCAUCCGACCAACCGACCGGUGCCGAUUCAUCCUCGUCGGAGGACACGUUGCGUAAAAAGGAGACGAAGAAGAAAACGACGUUUGCCGAUCCAAAGGUGCAUCUGGAUGUUCCCAAGGAGGGCACCCCCGAGAAGUUUGGUCAGUGGCGGCCUGUGGCGAAGACAGGAUUGGGUUCCCCUGGUGAGGUGCGUUCUAACCGAUUUACCUCUACCUCACCACCAGCUCACCCUAAACGAACAUUAGCUGGCGGUAGGUCGCCGUCAAUACUUAAGAAACCAAGUAAUUUCAAUGCAAACAAGUCGCCACCUAGUAUACUACGGUUCUCCCGAGGUCGCAAGAUGCGCGACGAUCCCACAACGAUAGAAAUGAACUCCAUGGGCGAUCACCUAAAUCACGGUUAUUCGUCGCCAAAGAAACAGAUUAAAUUAGUCUCUGCACUCAAGACCUCAGACUCCAGAAAGCAUAAACGAACUCGGUUUAAAAUGGACGAGCCAGAAGACACCAGCAACUGCGCAGGCGCAGGAGCUGAUGCGUUGAUACCACUGGGGAAUAAUAAAACUUUGCCAAAGCAGUUGGUCACGUGUGAAGUGCAUUUUGAAACCCCUGCUGCCCCAAUACUAAACGGGGAGCUCGAAGCAGAGGAUGAACUGGACGAUGAUGAGGAUGAAGAGGUGACAGAGAGGACUCCACUCAAGAAAAAUGUGAAUUUUGUGGUUGUGGAUAAGGGUCUGGCAAGCAAAUGCAAGUUUAAUCUCAGUUGGGAGGAUACAGAUGGAUUGCCAUGUACUGAUGUAUGACAUCUCUCUGAUGCACAAUAAUGAAAAACACAGAUGAUUACUGCACAACUCAGUCUCGACGCCCAAACUUGUUUGCUACUUCAUUUCUUCUAUUUUUGCAAUCUUGCUAUCGUUCUGAUCAUUCUUUUACACUACACAUAGAAAGGCAUUAUGAUUUGUGAAUUAAUAUUAGUACUCAAAAUAGCUUGCUAGAGCAAAUAAUAACCUCAAAAUCAACUGCAUUAUGCUUUGUAAAGAAGAAAUAUACUUAUUUGAAUAUACUUGUUCCUUUAACUACUUUUCCUGUAUUUUAGCUAGAAUUAUAGGGCUUAGAAAUUAGAAUAUGCCUUUUAUAUUGCCUAGAACAAAUUUCCUCGACUAUAUCAAUGCAUUUAGAAGAUUUCCAUCUUCUAAUAAUACUAUAUAAAUGUAUGUUGCGUUGGUGAUAUGAAGGGUGCUAAAUCGCUGGUGCCUAACGUUUCUUAUCAACAUUUUUCAUACAGCAUGAACUGGAUGAUAAAGUAUAAUAAGUCGCGCUGUAUUUUCUUUUUGCUACCAUGCAAAGCAGAGGCCGAUGAGUCCUGGGUGUGCAUAUAGACCAUUCCAACUGCGUACAUUCUCAAAGCAAUAGACUUUUGAUACGCAAAAAUAACAUAAUACUGAAGGUGUUUGAGCAAGAAAGUAAGUUUGAUAGACUAUUAUCAUGUUUGUGAUAAUGAUGGAAAUUAUCAUUAUUAUGACAAAAAAUAUUGUGUAUGGAUAUAAACUUCUGUUAAGAAUACAGUUUCAUUUUUUUUACAGAAUUCAAAUUUUUAUAGAAAGAGAUUCUAUUUAGAAGCAAUCACAAAUCACGACUCAUAUUAUGUGAUCAUUAUUUGCUUCUUAAUAAAAUAUAUUAUAUUGGGUUAUGGGAAAGAAAUAAAGUGCAUUACUGGCUUUCAUGCACUUCAUAUUCACACUGCUUUGCAGAAUUAUUGGUCAUGUAAAAUGGAAGAGAAGGCUACUCCAAAAAUAUGUAUUUUUUUUAUAAAACAAAUUUAAUCUGAUAAAAAAUAAAUACAAUAUGAGUCAUAUCCUCACAUAGAAGUGAUUUAUGAGAACAUGUGCAAUUAUUAAUUACAAUGAACACAUGAAUGAUUAUAGUCAGUACUUGUAUUUUCUGGUUUGAUAAGAGUGAUUAGAAUAAUUAUGGAUGUAUGCAACAUAUUAUGUACUAUUGGAAUGUGUGUAGAUACUUUUUUGACAUAUAUACAUUAUUAUGCAGAUGAGAUGUGUGUAAUUACAGAUCAGUUAAUAAUAACAGUAAGGUUUAAAAAGAAAACUAUGAUUGAAAUAGAAUCAUGAUAGUAAUCAAGGCAAAGACAAGUUUAAAAGUAUAUAUGAAAAAUAUUGUUUAUUUAUAUCAUUUAUACUGUUUUAUACUUAGCAAGAUAGAUAAAUCAUUUGAAUGUCACCUGAUGAAACAAACAAACUAAUCUUUUUGAAAAUUCUUGAUAGAAUAUAGUUAGAAAUUAUAUAACAGGUGUGUGUUUAAUAAAGCUGUUUGUAAGCUAAGAGCAACUUAAACUUACUUUACUGGCGACCCUUUCUUACGCUCAAGACCCUCGCCAAUGAACGUUUUGGUGUAAAGGAUCACCAGUCCUUCUUCAAGCUGCUCUUAACUUCCAAACAAUUUUAUGACAUGGCCCCCAGGAGCCCAUUUCAUACAGACUUACAACUGUGGUAACUUUGCUAUUAUGGUAACUACCAUGGAAACCUUAGAUUAUGAUUGUAUGAUUGGCUGGAGAGUCCUAUUAUUAUGGCAGAUGUCAUAAUGACAAAAAUGGCUAGUUGUAACUCUUUAUGAAACGGGACUCAGGUCCUGGUUGCACAAAAUUUUCUAUUACAGUUACUUUGCCAUCCAAGGGUAAACUUCCAUGGAAUCUUGCGUUUCCAUUGGCUAAAGAGUUCUUAUAACGUGCAAGUUACCAUUGGAUAGCUAAGUUAUGAUAGAAACAUCAACAGGGCCAACAAAAAAUUUAGUGUACUAGUAAUCGCCUUUGCAUAUAUUAUGGAAUUGUUUUUUUUCUGCCAAAUUCAAUAUUCCCAUUUGCAAUCAAUUUGUGAUGUUUAUACUAUCUUUUAUUAUCAAGUGAUUAUUGUGCUUAUCAUAUUGAUAAAUAGCUAAUCAUAAACAAGUUAGGUUUGUCAACUAAUAUCAAGUAAUUGGUUUGUAAUAGACUUAAAAAAGAAUGCAUCAUGAAUCUAAUAAAUACAGUUAUCUGAAUCCCUUAUGAAUAAGAUAUGUUUCAUCAUUUUUUUGGCUUCAGCUUUUAAACAACUGAUCAAUGAUCAUUACAUCACACCACUGAUAAGGGGGGAAACAGGUUCACCUUACAAAUCUAAGUUGACUUAUUUGAAAAGUGAAGGAUCACACGCCCCAAAUAUUUUUUUUCUAAAAACAGAAAUUUUCAUAUUAUUUUGAAUAAAAGAACAAUAUUAAAAAGGUAUAAAUCAGAUGGAUAACUAAAUAUGAACAAGAAAAACAAAAAAUACAAAGUGCAAAUAAUCUCUUCAUCGUUUUUACAAAACCAAUUAUAUCCCUUGCUGUUUGCCUAUAAUGUUAAACAAACUAAUUCAUAUUAUAAAAGCUAUAUUUCUUUUCUAUCUGCUUCCACAACAAUCUAAAACAGCAUUACUUUAAUUUGUAUUUCACUGAAUCCAAUAAAACAUUUAGCAGACUUGGUCUUUAACCCAUGAGGGUAUAGAGUGUCCUUGGGAAGAAAUUGAAGCUACCCUUUAUCCCAAAUGCUAGCAAUUAUGUGUGGAAUAUGAUUACAAUUUACAAAGAUUCUUUCAAAAAAUGAUACAAUUUCUAGUACAGUAUGUUGUGCUUGCAAUAUUUUAUUUCUUUUAUUUGUACUAUAUCUAUAUGCAUAUUUAUAUUUUUUUAAUAUUUUGUAACUAGGUAACGAUAAUUGAUGAUUGGUGCCAAUUUGAAGAGUAAGCACAUAUUAAUCUUAAUGUUAAAAAAGCUGUGUACCCCAAUGGCUUUUAAGUCAGACAUGGAGGUUGGGACACCCAUCCCAAUGAAUAAGUUAACCCUGAAAGGAGCUAAGACCAUAAACUGAAUUUAAAAAAAAUCUUUGUACAUUAUUCUUGGUCAUGAAUAUUGAAUUAAACAGAGAUGAAAAAUAGCACUCUAUUAAUAAAUGACUUGAAUGAAAUCCAAAUUAUAUGAUGAUGGGGUUAUAAGAAAAAGAGCACAUGCAUACUGUCUUUAUGUAUGCAAUUCAAUUUCAUUUCAAACAAAAACAAAAAUCAAGAACUUGGACUAACCAAGCACUAUGAUAAAAUGUAUCACUGUAUCAUGCUCUUGAUCUUUCAUGAGAAAUAGAAUAAAAUUUUAUGGCAUCAGA